AACAAAUCGUCAUCUCUCACAUCCAGGGGGAAAGGAGGGAUCAGAUCCCUUGCUCCAAAUAUCCUGUUGGUGUGGAUUACACAGGAUAUCUGUCAUUUCAAGCGCCUUUUUGCCUUUAACUUUACUUAUGGGUUUCUCUUUUGAGAUUUGAAUGCAUAAGAGGACAUGAAUUCGGCCGAACAGACCAUCACAUGGUUAAUAACGCUGGGUGUCUUGGAAUCACCCAAAAAAACACUAUCGGAUCCUGAAGGGUUUUUACAAGCGUCCCUCAGAGAUGGAGUGGUUUUGUGUAAACUAUUGGAACGGCUGCGACCCGGUUCGGUUCACACGGUAUUUGAAGCCAAUGAGCUGCUUCAGGGCCAGAACUUCACGAAGGUCUUGAAUUGCUUGGUUGCACUCAACAAAGCAACUUCAGAUUGCGGUGGUGGGAGUGAUUCUAUGUGUCUUCAUAACUCGUCUUCUCUCCGGAUCAAGUCCUUUGACUCCAUCAACUGUCCAUCCACUCACAGUAGAUCCUCCAGACACAAGUACAACCAGUACCGCAGUCUGGACAUGUCUGAAAGCAGUGGCCUUCAGGUGCUGGUGAAAGCAAAGUUUAACUUCCAGCAGACCAAUGAGGACGAGUUGUCCUUUAGUAAGGGUGACAUCAUCCAGGUGACACGGCAGGAGGACGGUGGCUGGUGGGAGGGGACUCUCAAUGGCAAAAGUGGCUGGUUUCCUAGCAACUAUGUCAAAGAGAUCAAAGGCUAUGACAAACCUGUGUCUCCCAAGUCUGCAUCACUGAAAAGUCUGCCCAAGGGCUUUGAGACUGCUAACUUCUGCAAGACAUACUAUAAUGUGGUGGUUCAAAAUAUUGUCCAGACGGAAACAGAGUACUGUAAAGAGCUGCAGACUCUCCUCUCGACGUAUCUGAGAGUGUUACAGCCUACUGACAGACUCAGUGUGUCAGAUAUCAGUCACAUCAUGGGCAAUCUGGAGGAGAUCAGCUCUUUCCAGCAGACACUGGUACAUUCACUGGAAGAAAGUGUCAAAGUUCCAGAGAGUCAGCAGAGAAUAGGAGGCUUCUUCCUGUCUCUUGUCCCUCAGCUGAGGGGCUUGUACGUGACCUACUGCUCCAACCAUCCAUCUGCUGUUAACGUCCUCACACAACACAGUGAGGAAUUAGGGGAGUUUAUGGAAAGUAAGGGUGCGAGCAGCCCUGGAAUUCUCACACUCACCACAGGCCUUAGCAAACCCUUCCUGAGACUGGAAAAAUACCCUACACUACUCAAAGAGAUGGAGCGACACAUGGAGGAGAUCCACCUUGACCGUCCAGACAUUCAGAAGAGCAUGACAGCAUUUAAAAAUCUCUCUGCUCAUUGUCAAGAAGUGAGGAAGAGGAAGGAACUUGAGCUGCAGAUUCUGACAGAGUCAAUUCGUGGAUGGGAAGGGGAGGGAAUUAGGGCCCUGGGCUCUGUUCUCUACAUGUCACAGGUCCUCAUUCAGAACCAUGGCACUGAGGAAAAGAAUGAGCGAUACUUGUUGCUGUUUCCUCACGUUCUUCUCAUAUUGUCCACCAGCCCUCGAAUGAGUGGUUUCAUCUUCCAGGGAAAACUCCUUCUAACAGGAAUGGCUGUUAAUAAGAUAGAAGACAAUGACUCGACAAAAAAUGCUUUUGAAAUAUCUGGAAAUAUGAUUGAACGGAUCCAGGUGAUCUGUUAUAACCAGCGAGAUCUCCAGGAGUGGAUGGACAAUCUGAACCGCCAGACCAAACGCACCUCAACCAGCAAUAUGAAACCACAGAACACACCCUGCCAUACACUGCCGUCUCACCCGCUCACACCAUCCAGACACUCAGAGAAUCGAGUUCUAAGCGGAUCUCCAGUCUACCACACUCUUCCUCACCUCUCUUCAUAUGGGACCCCGCACAGUGGAAUGAUGUGGGGCCCCCUUGAACCCCCUAAAACCCAGAAACCAUGGAGUCUCAGCUGUCUCCGACCUGCACCACCCCUAAAACCAUCAGCUGCAUUGUGCUACAAAGAGGAUCUCAGUAAAAGUCCUAAAAGUAUGAAGAAGCUUUUGCCUAAACGGAAACCUGAGAGGAAGCCAUCUGAUGAAGAAUUUGCAGUGAGAAAAAGCACUGCAGCUCUGGAGGAGGACGCUCAGAUCCUGAAAGUGAUUGAAGCAUACUGCACAAGUGCUAAAACACGACAGACACUAAACUCAACAUGGCAGGGCACUGAUUUGAUGCAUAAUCAUGUGCUGGCUGAUGUUGACCAAUCGUGUGUGGAUGCCGUUGGUUGCCGUAGCAGUGGAUUUCCCUCUGACCAAUCAGAAGACUCUGACUAUGACAGUAUAUGGAUAAAUCACGCAAACAGAAUGGGUUCUAUGUCCCGUAAGAGCUGCUGCUCGCAAAAUACGUCACAUGAAAAUUAAAGUGCUCUUUCCUUUCCUUUUUCUUUCUUCAUUGAAUGUGAAGAGCCCUUGUUUUCAGUGUUUAACAUAUAGAUGUGCAAUAGCUUUUAUAUUAUGAUUUCCCUUAAACUUGUUUCCCAGAUGUUUCUUUUCAUUGCCAUGUUUUUUAUCUUUCUUUCUGGUUGAUUUCUGUCAUGAUGGGUGGGAAACAAGUAAUGUUGGGUCAUAUGUUCUUGUGCGUCCAGUAUUCAGAUGUCUGUUGGUGUGUCUGUGAGACAGAUUUAUGUCCAUAAUGAUUUUUUUACGGUUAAAACCGUUGCAUAUUUUAACAUUGCAUUUAUUAGCACAAAACACAAUAUUGUAAUAUUAAUUUAAAAUUAAGUGUUACAUAACAGUGUUUUAGGGUUGCACAGUAUAUUAAUACUGAUGAAAUAUCGCAAUACCAAAAAAUUGAUAAUGGUAUGUUAUUAUCCUGAUGCUAAUUUCGUUACCAUACUACAGUGUGGUGCUAUUAGCAAAAUUUUAUGGGAUGUGACAUUUUUUAGAUGAAAUCAAUGACAGUUUGACAAUCAAAUUAAAAUCUUAAUAUGGCCAAGUGUGAUCAUUAAACAGCACAAGGAUGUCAUUUAAUUAAAUAAUAUGCAGUCUACACGUGCCGCAUGCGAGAGGUGAACGAGAGGUGCAGCUGUGCUCUCUGUCAUACUGUACUUCACAAACACGUACACAAACAGAUCGCAUGUAAUGCGGUGUGUUUAGUGUAUUAGCGGCUGUGAACACUCACACAAACUCUUCUGGUGCUGCUCUGAGAUCUCAGCUCGCGAGUAUUUCAGUAUUUUAUUUAAAAUGAGGACCUUAUUAAAAACUACCAUGCAGGAGUAACUCAAAGGUCCGUCAAAAAAGUUCUGUUUAAAUGGAGGCGUGAAAUUUAAGAUAUUAUUUACAACACAAAAAUGUUAAUAUUAUAUAGAAAAAUGUAAUAGCAAUAAUACUACUAAUAACAAUAAUAAUAAAUGGUUUAUUAUUACUAUUAUUAUUAUUUAUAAUUGUUAUAAUUAUUAUAACGUAAGUGGUAUCACAAAAACAAGUGUACUGAAUAUCAGCACACCUGAGAUUCAAGCGUAGCUAAUCAGAUUGUUUUCAAUACUGUUUUCAUCUUGUGAAGCUCCGUUGUGCAAAAUUUUAUUUGACCAAAAAAAUUAAUCAUUAUGUUUACAUUGAUUAAAGCUUUAUGUAUUCAUUUGAUUAAACACUGUUUUAAUAAUAACAUUUAAUUAAAACAUAAUUCAUGGAAUCCAGAAAAAUUACAAUGGAAAAUGCAGAGUUUGAAACUGCAAGAUUUGUGCAGUUCUUUUAAACAAGUCUUUUUCUGUGUGAUUUCAUCAGUAAUCUGAGGCUAUUUAUUUGUUGCUGAAGUAUCGAUUUAUUAUUGAUACCGAGGUACCAGGGCUGGUAUUGUACCAAAGGCAAAAUUUUGUUAUCGGAUCAACCCUACAGUGUUGGAAGCAUUUUUAGCUGUUUUGGUUACUCCUGCCGUUUUUCUAACUUCAACCACAAACUAUUUCUCCAAAACCCUGCCCUCCAAAGACAUGCUGGCAAAACUGAUGUCACCAAAUCCGACUGCAGGCAGAGAGGGUUUCUGAUAGCCUUGUUUUCUCACCGCUUGUAUUCCAUGGGUUCCAGAGAAGAUGAAUUAGCUUGUAUUCUUUUUUAGUAGAUUUUAUUCUAACUUUUAAUAGUUGUUUUUCUUCUUAAGACCAGGGUUCCCACGGUCAUGGCAAACCUGCAAAUAUCAGGGAAUUUUAAAAUGGUGUUUCCCAGGCCUGGAAAAGUAAUGGAAAUUAAUAAAAUCUCAAAAGUAGUAAAUAUACAUCGUUCUGUUUUUACUCUGCUCUAGAAUAUUUCAUCAGCUAUAUAUUGCCCUUGUUUAGUGUAAAACAUUCUCCCAAGCCAACAGUGAUGUCCAGUUUGUCAGUGAAUCGUUCUUUUGAGUCAGUUCUUUUCUAUGAUUUAGUCGAAAUGGUUCAGAAAUUGGUCUUAAUGAUUUAUUAGCAAAUUGGUUUGAAUCAAAAUAUAUUUUUUUUAAAAUCUGGAUGGAGUAAUCACAAAUGCCUGGAAAAAUCAUGGAAAUUCAUUGGUCAAAAAGAAAAAAUUUUCUUUCACAUUUUAAUAGUACAAGUAAAAACUUGUUUCUUUAAGACUGACAUAGCCUGUAAAUUAAUCUGUUGAUCAGUUGUUAAGUUUUCAUUGUUAAACCUC